AGUUCAAUUCACCCUGUGUAUAAAUAAGUAUGCCUGCAUUCUUGUGUGUCCUGCGCGUUUGAGCGCGUGCCCUCUUCGCAUGUACAGACGUACAAACGUACAGUUGGCGUCCCCUCUGAGCAGGGGUGCGUUGGAGGUGUGCAGCCUGCAACAUCAUCCCCCCGUGCUUGAAAGAUGAGGCAGCGAGAGAGAAAGUGAGAUCACUGGUUGCUCUCCAUGUGAGCUGCAGCGUGAGAGUGCAUGUCGCUUUAAAAACAACCGACCGGUCGGGGAGAUCGAGAGACCGGCUGCAUUUCCUUAGUGGGAAUGUUUGUGUUUGUGGCGCUCAGGCCAGCGGACAGAGGGUGCCUUGCCUCAGUGAGAAAAGAAGGAGAGAGGAGGAAGAUGAGAGACAGAGUCUGCAGGGACCGCUGGCUGUGUGGGACCGGGACAGAAGGACUCGCAGGGUUUGACCUUGAGGAGGCAUCAGACCGGUGAAUCCCAGGGGGACAGAGGUGGGAGAGAAGACAAUCACAGGGUUACCCUGCCUCUCUGUCUGGCUUCGCUCCAGAGAUGACCCACUUAUUAUCUGCCGGAGCUAAGUGGUAUCAAGGGGACAAUCAAGGCUAAUCAUCUGGGCCUCUGAGGAUUUCACCUGCAAUGACUCACCUGUAAUUUUUUUUUUUUUUUUUGUUAAUUUGAUUCCUGUGGAUGUCCCGCUGAUAUUAAUUCAAACUGCUGAACAUAACUCCAGCUGUCAGCUUGUCAUACAUUGCUAGUAGUUUGUGAUGGAGGCUUUGCUGUUGGGUUUAGACGAGGCGGUAUGCAUUCGACAAGGUCUGCUGUGGACUCUGACGUCCACGGCCAUCCGGCGGCUUCGGGUGCAUUCCAGGAACCUUCCUGGGCCUCUGCAUCUAUUACACGCACACAGGUGCGUCUCAAGGCCACUUUACCAGAUGACGGAGGGGAGGCGGUGUCAGGUCCAUCUCCUGGACGACAGGAAGCUGGAGCUCCUUGUGCAGCCCAAGCUGAUGGCUAAGGACCUGCUGGACCUCGUGGCCUCUCACUUCAACCUCAAGGAGAAGGAGUACUUUGGAAUUGCCUACACAGAUGAAACGGGCCAUUUCAGUUGGCUGCAGCUGGACCGCCGGGUAUUAGAACAUGAGUUCCCCAAGAAGUCCGGACCCAUCGUCCUCUACUUUUGUGUCAGGUUCUACAUAGAGAGUAUAUCCUACCUGAAGGACAAUGCCACCAUUGAGCUGUUCUUUCUUAAUGCCAAGUCCAUCAUCUACAAGGAGCUUAUUGAAGUAGACAGCGAGAUUGUCUUCGAAUUGGCGUCCUACAUUCUACAAGAGGCUAAAGGUGAUUUCACUAGUAACGAUGCAACGAGGUCUGACCUGAAAAAGCUGCCUGCCCUGCCCACCCAGGCCCUAAAGGAGCAUCCAUCUCUGGCCUACUGUGAAGACCGGGUCAUAGAACAUUACAAGAAGCUCAGUGGGCAGUCUAGGGGGCAGGCUAUUGUAAAUUAUAUGAGCAUUGUAGAGUCUCUGCCCACAUAUGGAGUACAUUACUACGCUGUAAAGGACAAGCAGGGGAUCCCAUGGUGGCUGGGUCUGAGCUAUAAAGGCAUCUUUCAGUAUGAUCACCAGGACAAAAUUAAGCCCAGGAAGGUGUUUCAAUGGCGUCAGCUGGAGAACCUCUACUUCAGAGAGAAGAAGUUUUCAGUGGAAGUUCAUGACCCCAGGAGUAGGGCGUCGGUAACGAGAAGGACGUUUGGUCACAGUGGCAUUGCUGUGCAUACCUGGUACGCCUGUCCUGCCCUCAUCAAGUCCAUCUGGGCCAUGGCCAUCAGCCAACACCAGUUCUAUCUGGACCGCAAGCAGAGCAAGUCGAAGAUCCAUGCUGCGAGGAGUUUGAGUGAGAUUGCUAUCGACCUCACGGAAACAGGAACUUUGAAGACCUCCAAACUCGCCAACAUGGGCAGCAAGGGCAAGAUUAUCAGUGGCAGCAGUGGCAGUCUGCUCUCCUCAGGCUCACAGGAAUCAGACAGCUCCCAGACCGCUAAGAAGGACAUGCUGGCAGCGCUGAGGGCCAGACAGGAAGCUCUGGAGGAAACACUAAGACAGAGACUAGAGGAACUCAAGAGCAUCUGCAUAAGAGAGGCGGAGCUGACUGGAAAACUUCCAAAGGAAUAUCCUCUGGAUCCAGGAGAGGAGCCACCCACGGUGAGACGGAAGAUCGGUACCGCCUUCAAAUUGGAUGAGCAGAAAAUCCUCCCGAAGGGAGAGGAAGAGGAACUGGAGCGCUUGGAGCGGGAGUUUGCCAUUCAGUCCCAGAUUACUGAGGCGGCCAGGCGUCUUGCCAGCGACCCUCACGUGAGCAGUAAGAAGCUAAAGAAACAGAGGAAGACUUCUUAUCUGAACGCACUGAAGAAGCUCCAGGAGAUUGAGAACUCCAUCAAUGAGUACCGGGUCCGCUCUGGCAAGAAGCCUACGCAGAGGGCGUCGCUCAUCAUAGAAGAAGCCAAUAUUUGUUCUGAAGACAGCUCGUUGUCUGAUGCACUGGUCUUGGAUGAUGAUGAUCCUCAAGUCACAGGUACCCCCACCUUCUCUCCAGUAGCAUCGCCUCAUAAGGGCCUCCCUCCACGACCGCCAUCUCACAGUCGGCCCCCGCCGCCGCAGUCCCUGGACGGCCUGCGACACCUGCACUACUCACGCUCUGACUAUGAUAAAUCCCCCAUCAAACCCAAGAUGUGGAGCGAAUCGUCACUGGAUGAGCCCUAUGAAAAAGUCAAGAAACGCUCCUCUCACUCCAGUCACAGGCGUUUCCCCAGUUCCGGCAGUGCGGAAGCAGGGGGUAGCAACUCUCUGCAGAGCAGCCCCAUCAGGAGCCUCCCCCACUGGAAUUCUCAGUCCAGCAUGCCGUCGACCCCGGACCUGAGGACCAGGACCCCACACUACGUACAUUCUACCAGGUCAGUGGACAUCAGUCCCACACGUCUGCACAGUCUCUCACAGCACUUUAGGAACCGCAGCUCCAGCCUUGAGUCCCAGGGCAAACUGCUGGCGCCCGAUCCUGACGCACACCCACACACGCUGGGCAGCCCUGACUUCUUCCUAGGCCCAGGACGCAGCUCCAAUGGCUCAGACCCACUGGACGACUGUUCCUCCUGCACCAGCCAAAGUAGCUCAGAGCAUUACUACCCUGGCGGACCUCCUGGCAGCAACCCAAACUACUCUACUCUGGGAGAAGACUCGCCCUCCAAAGCCAGGCAAAGGCAGAGGCAAAGGCACAGGUCGGCAGGUCACCUGGGUUCCUCUAAUUCUGGGUCUAUGCCAAACCUAGCAGCGAAGAAUGGCUCUGGUGGAGGCUCAGGUGGAGGCGGGAUGGGAGGGGGACACCACGGAGUCUACCUCCACAGCCAGAGCCAGCCCUCCUCCCAGUACCGCAUCAAGGAGUACCCUCUAUAUGUGGAAGGCAGCCCCAACCCUGUGGUCGUCCGCAGCCUUGAGAGCGAUCAGGAGGGGCACUACAGCGUGAAGGCUCAGUUCAAGACCUCCAGCUCUUACACAGCCGGGGGACUGUACAGGGAGGCCUGGGGGGGUGAGGAGGGAGGGGAGGGGAGCGGCCGACUCACGCCGUCACGCUCUCAGAUCGUACGGACUCCAUCAUUGGGACGAGAGGGUGGCGGAAGUGGGGGGAGGGCAGCAGUGUCUGAGGAGCUGCGAUGCUGGUACCAGAGGUCUUCGGGGAGUCUGAAGGAGAGGAGUCACUCACAUUCAGGAUCCACAUCCUCCGAGACCGGGUCACAGCAGGGCACUCUGGGACAUGGUCGAGGGAGCAGAGUAGGAACACUCGCCAAGGGCUCACCAGCUGCAUCCCCUCACAGCCAGAGAAGUAUGACGCCCUCCAGUGAACAUGCAGCCACACCUACGCCCCCUUGUAGCCCACAGCACAUCCUCAACUGGCAAAGCGGAGGCACAGCAGACAGCUCUCCUACUGAGGACGUCUGUCAGUCUCCCCCUCAGCCCAGCUCUGAUGCAUAGAGGUCUUUCAGUGACAGCUGUUUUCUCAGCAGCCCCUUGUGUUCAGAGCUGGCUGAUGUGCAGUGGUACGGACAAGACAAGGCCAAACCUGGAACACUGGUCUGAGACCUUCCUAUUGGGCCUGGAAAAGUCCCAUUGCCCUGUCCUACUGCCUCUACACUGUCCCUCACUACUACCCAUCAACAACCAACAACCUCAUCCUUAAAGCCCCUACGAAAACCCUGCCCUGACUGGACUGGACAUGAGCCCCCCCCUCCUCCCCCGUCCCCAAAAUCUCACAACCUCUUUAUUCUGCCCUGUCUUAUCACAGCUCAGCUGGACAGGGACACACUUGCUGGGCUCUGAUAAGGGCUGGUUUCACAGGACAGACUGAGAAUUGCCACCUCAGCUGUUGAACUGUUUGCCCUACAGCACCACAGACCCCUUUCUUUACUAACCUUCUACAACACACAAGCAACGGGCAAGGGGAAACGAGCGAUGGGGAAAAAGAGAGAGCACAGAAGAAUAUCAACUCAACAAAACGGACAUCGGCCAUUCCAGGUUUCAUAUCUCACCUUUGGUUUCCCGACCUUUAAGUCAGUGCACUGCCACCCGAUCAGAAGAUACCUGCUGGAUUUGAGCCACCAGUUUAAAACACAUCUCUAGGCCCAAAUGAACUUUGUUGCAUUUCACUCUACCCAUUAAUGUUCAUCUUUUCUCCUUAUUUCCCCCUGCACAUUAUGAAAUAGAGAAGUUAAACAUUCUAAAUUCACAAAGAGUAUGUGGGUUAACUUCAGUUUAACCCACAACCAAAGACAACUGCUGGACUGACCGAGUCCCUGAGCAGAUCCCUCUGCAGAAAAAUGACUGUCGACUCAACUGUAUUUGAACAAAUUCACAGUGAUGGCAUUAGGAUGGUUUCUUGGACACUAUCUGGAAUAGGACUAUAGCAAUAACAAACAUCAUAUAAGUCUAUGAACUGGUUUGAAUUGUCGGUGAACUGAAGCAGGCUUUUUUUCCCCCCAUGUGAUCUCUGGAGUAAAGGAUCAUUAGUGCAUCAUAAGGAGAUUUUGAAGUUGUGGUUUUUGGAUUUGGCAUAAAUCUAUGCUUUCUUCCGUGACUUCAUCUUUCAUAUUAUUUAAUGUCUUUGGAUAUUUCUGCGUCAUCUCUGCGUUUAUUUGGUGGAUUGUCAUCAGUGCUCGGGCGAAGGAUUAUUUGGGGGGGGGUCAAGUUACUGCAAUAUUUUAUUUUGGGUGCAGCGUUACCUUGAAGAUUUUCUGUUUCCAGCUUUUCACAUUUUAACCCCUGAAAGUAAAAGAUUUUUUAGCUUUGGGCGUCUGUCAGCGGAGCAUGUCAGUGACAAACUUCUGCAAUGGUUUUUAUUUCCAGCCUCUCUUCCCCUCCUUCUCCUCGGCUCGAUACUGGUUCUCACCGUGCUCUGUGUCUGUCUGUUCCUGAAUAGCGCUGUGUUUUUACAUCUUCAUCUUUUAAUCGUGACAGGAGCAAUCCUUUCGAAUUAUCAGCUCAAGACGUGUCGGUGCUUUAUACUUGUACUGUAAUUUUAGUACUGAAACAGUUUGAAGAUCAUCUGUAUGCUUUCAACUUCCCACCGCCACUAUAUGAAAUAUGAAAUAAGACUCUCAGCAAAUGUAUCCUUAAUUUGGCAUCAGGUGGAAUUGGAUUCAUUAAAGCAUAGUGUGGUCAGAAAGCACAACAUUAACAGUGUCAUUGAGGGCUGGACCAGCAGUGUAACCAGAAAGUGUUAAACAAGAGAAUCUCUUUCUUAGUAUAUAGUGUGGAUUUCAGGUUGAGGAUGCUAAACUGUCAGGGCAAAAGAGAAGAUAAAGCCAGAGAUGAGAGAAAUAAACUGUUUCUCACACAUCCCAAUCAACAAUCAGAUUUUCAGAACAGGGUUAGAAAAGCACACCAGGUUUUGUAAGAAGGAAGUAAAGUUAGACGUUCCUUGAACGCUCAUCUCUGUUAAUUUUACCCAAAUUAUGACAAACUGUAAAUCUCAGUGUCACCAUGCAGAGUGGACGACAGGUGAACUGUGCCGUGGUACGUCUUUUCUCCCGUCCUUCACAGCGUUGUGUUUCCUUUAAUACGCAGAAGUGACGUCAGUUUUUGUAAUUUCCCACUUUCUACACUAUUUUAGUUAGAAGGUUGAGGCCGCUCCCUGCAUGGCUGGUUCUCCGAGAGCUGUUCUCCCAUGUUAGGUCGAAUUUAAUAAAUCAGGACUGGAACCAUCGCACACGAUCCAAUGCAUGCCCCGCAGAUCCACUAAGACAUGAAAAUAUGAAACUCCUAACACUCCAUGCUAGCAUUAGCAUGUUUUUUCUACAUCGUUUUGUCCAGCACCCAAAAAGUACCAUUUGGACCUUGUGGUAACCUCUGAGCCCUUUGUAAAGACGUGUGACAUCCCUCUCCUCCGUAAUUCCAAGCGCAACAUAUUUUCUGUGCUCCAUGAGGUUUUUGUAAUAAUCCCAAGAGAAGCAAACUAACUAUUUUAUCAGUCUUUACCUGUAUGUACGGAGGGGCACUGUUAGGUUUUGUGGGGUUUUUAACAUUCACAUUCAUUGUUUUAACAAUGUUCCAUUUUAUAUGAACCAGUAUUGUUUCCUUAUAAGUUCUGACAUUGUAACAACCCUUUCAGGUGCUACAAAAUGACCAGUUACUGCUUUGUCACGUAGGAUCUAGACACCUCUUCAUUGUUAUCAAUAGAUUCAAUACCAGAUGUGCAAAAUGAAGCUUAUUUUAACAGACAGUUUAAUAGUAGAACACUUCCUCUACCAGACAAUAGAGCAUGUAACUCGACUUUAUCAGUUCUGUUGUAACAAUACAUUAAAGGUGAUGUAGAAAAAAAAAUGUGGAAUCGAUUUAAAAAAAAAAACAAACCUGAAUUCCACAGUUAAUUUAUUCUUUUUUUUUCUAUUAAGAAUUUGUAUAGUAACUUUACAUUUUUCAAAACUGUGUUGUUGGAAAUUGAUGAUGAAUUUUCAAGAUGAGGUGAUUCUUGAGAGUAAGAAAAUAAAUUAUUGAUGAAUGUUCUCAA